ACAGCCAGCAUGGGGAAGGUAAUAUUCUACGAGGAAAGGGACUUCCUGGGCCCCAGUGUUGAGUGCACGUCUGAGUGCAGGGACCUGUUGUGCCAACUGAACCACUGCAACUCCAUCAGGGUGGAGUGUGGCGCCUUCAUGAUCUACGAGAGUCUGGAGUUCGCGGGCACCCAGUACUUCCUCAGGAAGGGCGACUACCCCGAUUACCACAGCUGGAUGGGCUGCAAUGACUCCAUCCGCUCAUGUCGCCUCAUUCCCCAAGAGUCCGGGGCCUUCACCAUGCGUCUGUACGAGAGGAUAGAGUUCGGGGGUCAGGUCAUGGACCUGGCCGACGACUGUCCCAACGUUGUAGAGCGCUUCCACAAGAACGACAUCUUCUCUUGCAACGUGAAGGGCGGCCAUUGGCUCUUUUACGAGCAUCCCCACUACCGGGGGAAGAUGUACCUGAUACGGCCCGGCGUGUACAACCGCUUCAGCGAGUGGGGCGGCAGGACGGCCAGGGUGGGCUCCAUCAGACGCAUCAUGGACUAUUGA